AUGACUAUAUCAACAACUUUCAUGUCCAUCUCCUGCCGCCGCUGUUGCUCGGUCCUUCUCUCUAUCAUCCUUCAAAUUGGCGCUUCCUUUCCUUUCUACCGAAAACAAUUUCAUCUCUUCGCUUUUGGAUUCGCAAUCGAUGUCGCUCGAGCUCAGAACAGAACCGUUAAUGCCACCAUAGAUCCUGCUGAAGAAAGAGCUUUGAACGCCAUGUUUGCACGAUGGGGCAUUCAGGCCUUAGACACAUGGAACAUUAGCGGGGAAUUAUGCAGCGGCGUCGCCAUCGAUUCUUUAACUCCAAUCGACAUUAUCAAUCCGGGCAUCAAAUGCAGCUGCAACUUCAAUAGCAGCACCAUUUGCCACAUCACUGCUCUGAGGGUUUAUGCACUUGACGUUUCCGGGCCACUUCCAGACGAGCUUUGGAAUCUCACGUUUCUUGAGAAUUUAAAUUUGGGGCAGAAUUAUCUGACAGGUCCAUUUCCUGCAUCCAUUGGACGUCUUACUCGAAUGCAGUACUUGACAAUUGGGAUUAAUGCACUAUCAGGGGAGGUUCCCAGAGAGCUUGGAAUGCUGAAUGGUCUACUAUCAUUGGCAUUUGGCACAAACAAUUUCACUGGGCCUUUACCGUCCGAGCUAGGGAACCUAUCGAGAUUAACUCAAAUAUACUUCGAUAGCGCUGGAGUCAGCGGUCCCAUACCUGAUACAUUUGCUGGUCUACAGAGAUUAGAGAAAGUAUGGGCUUCAGACAAUGAACUCUCAGGACAGAUACCUGAGUUUAUUGGAAAUUGGACAAGCCUUGUACAGCUGAGGCUUGAAGGAAACUCAUUUCAAGGUCCAAUACCACAAUCUUUUUCCAAUCUAACCUCUCUUACAGACUUGAGAAUAAGUGGGCUAUCCAAUGGGAGCAGCACUUCACUGGACUUCCUACGAAAUAUGGCUUCUCUUUCUACCUUAGUUUUACAAAACAAUAAUAUUUCCGGGACCAUUCCUCAGUAUUUCGGCACAUUUCAGAAUAUGACACUCCUGGAUUUGAGCUUCAACAACUUGACAGGAACACUUCCUGAUCCACUUUUCAAUCUCAGUUCUCUCACUCACUUGUUUCUCGGUACUAACAAGCUAAAUGGUUCACUGCCAUCCCAAAAGAGUCCUUCUCUCCGAACUAUAGACUUAUCAUACAAUGAAUUAUCAGGAAGCUUUCCCUCUUGGCUUAGCCAGCCAAACUUACAAAUUAAUUUGGUUUCCAACAACUUCACCAUCGACAACUCUAACGGCAGUUCUUUGCCUUCUGGAUUGAAUUGUCUCCAAAGGAACUUUCCUUGCAACCGAGGAUCGCCUAUUUAUUCGAGCUUUGCGGUUAAAUGCGGCGGGCCACAGAUCACAUCAUCGGAUCAAGUCGUAUACGAAUGGGACAAUGAGACACUCGGUCCAGCAACUCAUUACAUGACUGGCACAGGCAGAUGGGCAGUUAGCAAUGUUGGUCUGCUUGGAGACAACAACAAUCCAAGAUACACAACCUUCACCUCUUCGCAAUUUACAAACACUCUCGACUCGGAGCUCUUCCAAACUGCUCGAACUUCGCCUGGAUCGUUGAGAUAUUACGGCUUAGGAUUGGAGAACGGUAAUUACACUGUGACCCUCCAGUUUGCAGAGUCAGUAAUCGUAGGAACAAGGACAUGGAGGAGCGUUGGCCGCCGUGUUUUUGACAUUUAUGUCCAGGGACUUCUGGUGGCGAAAGAUUUCGACAUAACCAGAGAAGCUGGGGGCUCUUUACGAGGUGUUGUGAGGCAAUACAGAGCUCAGGUGCUGCAAAAUCAUAUCGACGUGCAUCUGUUUUGGGCCGGGAAAGGGACUUGUUGUGUGCCGGCUCAAGGUACAUACGGUCCUCUUAUUUCGGCCAUAAGCGCUGCGCCGGCAGAUUUUACUCCGACUGUUUCGAACAAUCCUCCGGGAGGAAAUUCAAAUCGGACUGGCCUGAUUGUAGGGAUUGUUGUUGGCGUUGCUGCCGCAGCUUUUCUUUGUGUAAUUGCACUGUUUUUUGUUCUCCGCAGGAGGAAGAAGCAGAAAGACUUUGAGGAUGAAGAGCUAUUGGGUAUUGAUGCUCGACCCUACACGUUCAGUUACGCUGAGCUUAGAGCUGCGACAGAUGACUUUGAUCCUGGUAAUAAACUUGGAGAGGGUGGAUUUGGGCCUGUUUACAAGGGAAAGCUUGGAGAUGGAAGAGCAAUUGCAGUUAAGCAGCUGUCUGUGGCUUCUCAUCAAGGAAAGAGCCAGUUCGUCGCUGAGAUCGCGACUAUUUCGGCUGUGCAACACCGUAACCUUGUCAAACUAUACGGUUGCUGCAUCGAGGGAGAUCAACGAUUGCUCGUUUACGAGUUUCUCGAGAACAAGAGUCUCGACAAACUAUUGUUCGAAACUGGUAGCAGACCGCUGUUUCUCGACUGGGGAAAGCGCUACGACAUAUGCUUGGGCGUCGCCAGGGGCCUCGCUUAUCUCCACGAGGAGUCGAGGCUUCGAAUUGUGCACAGAGAUGUGAAGGCGAGCAACAUUCUGCUCGAUUCCGAGCUCACUCCUAAGAUCUCGGAUUUUGGAUUGGCGAAAUUGUACGACGACAAGAAGACACAUAUAAGCACCCGAGUUGCCGGGACAAUUGGAUAUCUCGCGCCGGAAUACGCUAUGCGCGGCCAUCUUACAGAGAAGGCCGACACAUUCAGCUUCGGAGUCGUGGCCCUCGAGAUCAUCAGCGGAAGGCCGAAUUCUAACUCGAGCUUGCAAGACGACAUGAUGUACCUCCUCGAAUGGGCAUGGCACCUUCAAGAGAACAACCGGGUACUCGAUCUGGUCGACCCUUCGCUGCACGAAUACAACUCGGAUGAAGCGACGAGGAUCAUCGGCGUAGCUCUCCUAUGCACGCAGGCAUCCCCGGCCCUGCGCCCUGCAAUGUCCCGAGUUGUGGCUAUGCUCUCCGGCGACAUCGAGGUGGCUUCUGUCACCACCCGGCCGGGGUAUCUAACCGAUUGGAAGUUCAACGACACGACGACGUUCAUGUCAUCGAAUGCAGACAGCUCGACAUCGAACGCCGAAAUUAGCUAUAUCGAGAGCAACACAAAUCCAACACAACACCCCCCUACAGAUCUAGAUCCUACUAAGCCCAUACUUCAUCAGAUCAUUGGUGAAGGCAGGUAA